UUACAGUUACGCACUAACGUAGACUACGUAGUUUCAACUAGCAUAUCUCCUUUCACUGCUAUCCGUCAUCGCGGCAGCGAAUGAGUUCCUUGACUUUCCAAAUUCUUUCUUUGCGCGGCUUUUGCUCUGCAGUUUCUGAGUUAGUAACUGUUCGUCUUUCCGAAAUCUCCACGAAAUUCGUCGAAAAGCAUUAUUCAAGAAAUUUCUCGGCUUUUUAGGGUUUUCAAGGAUAUAUUGGUUGAGUUUUCAGAAGUAAAUUGAAGCUUUCAGUGAUUAUCAAUCCACACACACUCACUUUUAUCAGAGAGCUUGUUUCAAGCUCUCGAUUCCAUAUGGCAUCAUCGCCGUUCAAGUCCGCAUCGGAGCCAGCCGUACUGGAGAAGCUUAUCACCGAUUUUUUCGCCAAAAGUGUACAUGUUAUUCUUGAAUCAAGGUCUUCUGCCCGAAACUACAAUGCUGAGCCUUUCAACUCAUCUCCUUCCUCCUCGCCUUCAUUGAACAUCCGGCCAGGGGAAAAACGGAUCAACUUGGCCCUCAGAGACUGUCCUACUGCCCUAGAGAGCUUUGAUAUGUGGCGGCAGAGCAACCUUGAGCCAUUGGUUCUUGACAUAGUCUUGGAUCGUAGGAAAUCAAUUCGGAAUGCGAAUUGUGCUUCUCCUGGUGGGAUUUUUGUGCGGAAUCUCUCUUCGGGACGAGAUGAAUUUGGCCGUCUCAAUAGAAGUGAAACGAUUGUGGAGAGGUGGAUUGUGCAGUACGAAAGUCAAAGUAUAAGUCAACCCGGAAGGGAAUCUUCUUAUCGAGGAAGUAAGAAAGGUAGCAGGGCUACAUACCAUUCAUCUGAAUUCCAGAUCAUGUACAAGAAGGCUUACAGAAAGAUCAUGGUUCUGCUUAGAUCUCUGUAUGUUAUGGUUAGGCUUUUGCCGACUUUUAAGCUCUUCAGGGAUCUCAAUGCCUCGGGUCAGGUACACCCAUAUAUACUUUCUCAUAGAAUUUCUUCGAUUGCUGAGCCAUUCAGUCGAGAGGAAGAUGCUCUGAUGAGCCAACAUGACUUUGGGCAACUUGAAUUUUCUUUUGGAAAAUUGUCCAUUUUUGUUGCCUAUUUGAAGACACUCGAGGAUCUGAGCUCAGGGCCUUCCACUCCCAUAUCUACAGAAUUUAUAAUGGAUUACGUGGGGAGCCCAGUGGUCGAUCCUCUGAAGAGGUUACUAUCCCUUCCUACUGCUGGAUCAGCACCUUCACAUGCUUCAUUUAGCCGACAGCAUAGUUGGAGCAAUGAUCAUGAAGAAACUCCUUUUUCUCCUACUCCAUCACCCACAUAUUCUGAUUCUCAAGCUUUGUAUCAUAAUUUAAAUCCCUGCCUCCCCCCUCGUUAUAUUUUGCCUAAAAAUUCUACCACGCUAUGCUCCAUCUCAUGCGUUUCAUUUGCUGGCAAUGCAAAAAAUAUUAGUGAGUACUGGCCCUCACCGCCAUUUUCACCGUCAUCUUCUUCCCCAUCUAGUCCAACCCAUCCAUAUAGUGCCUUUUCGCAGUCGGAGGGUGCUUCGGUUAGCAUUCCGUUACCUUGGCAGAAAGGAAGUGAUGGAGGUCAAAAUCAAGGUCUGUCUCCAUCUCCUUAUUAUAAGAGCAAGAGGGAGGGAAGGCCUUCUCAAGUAGAUACCCUUCGAGCUCAAGAAAACACAACAUCUGCUCUUAAAAAGUUUUCACCAGAAAAUAAGCCGCAAUUAAAGAUUGAAUCCUCAAGGUUCAUGGAGUUUCAGACUAGUAUGGUACCACCGAAGAUUGAAUCUACUGGGAGAGAGCUCAACAGCUUGAGAACUCCGUACAGUCCACCACAAAUAUCAUCUAGAAGUUCAAGCAAGUUGUCUUUCAUGGAUGAGUUUGAUGACUCUGACUUUAUCUGCCCUUUUGCUGAAGAUGAUGAGGUGUCAAAUUCAUUCAGGGUUGAAUCUGCCGUCAGCAACGAUUGUUUUGCUGAGAACUUGUGUCCUAAGAAGUCGAUGGCCAUUAGAAGAUCGCCAGAUGCAGCUGUUGGUGAGCUUGUAUGGAUGCUUAGGAGUGCACCACCACUGCGGCUUAACAAUUCCAACCCAUUAAGAUCAAAGCAAGUCUUCAAAGAUGAAGUUUCAAGCCAGAAAAACCUGCAGGGCAGGAUUGAAAAUACUAAGGAAGAUGAUUUGAAUAAGGUUGAUGGUACUUUGUGUUUGGAUAUUACAGCUUCAGAUCUCUUCAAGUCAAGGACUGCUGCUGAUGCAUUUAAAGAACUCCAGACAUAUAAGAAUAUCAGGGAAUUGAUACUUAAGCAUGGUGGAUCCUGAGGGCGAGAUUUUGAAUAUAUUGCAAAAUCAUAUUCGGGAGAUGCAUAAAAGGCUGUAUGAUUUCAUUUUAUUUGUGUAAAUAUGUACGUCGUAUAAUUUUACAUUAAGGUUUCGUUUGGGACGGU